AUUAACUCAUCGUCGUUACCCCGCACUUCACUUAAGAAGAAAUUCAACCGACACGCAUACACGUGACUAGCUAUUUCCGUUUUGUUUUACGGUCUCAAAAAGCAAAUCCCUGUUUCAUCAUCUCGCCCCAGCCUCCACUCCCGCUCCACCGUCUUUGCAUCUCAAACUCCCAACAUCAUACCCAUCAACUAGCUAGUCGCAGUUGAUACUACAAAACGGUCUUUCUUUUACUACUAUAAACAGUAUUAUGUAUCGGCUACUUCCAUCUCGCUUUACCUUUAACCUAUAGCUAGCAUAACAUUUGCCUCGGCCCUCUAAUUGAUCCAAGUGUCCGGUACAGUCCAACUCCACGGCACCGAUAAACUGUGGUCGGAUCCCUUCUCCGUUUCAGCUGCGCAGCACCUUCGGCCCAACUGCUACCAGUUUACAUUUAUAAGCAUUAUCGCCACUCUAGCCGACCCCGUCGCUGCCGCCACCGAUAGCCCGCCGUAUCGUCCAUAGCCAAGCUGCAAACCCUUAACCCAAACGGCUGCUCCGGUCCUCCUCGGGGUCCCACCUACGUGGGUGCUGGACGCCAUGUCUGACCAGGACUACGGACUUGCUCCUCCAGGCGCCAAACCCUCCGACAGCACCCCGGGCAAACAUCGUGGCCCGCGCUUCACCUGGAACUCGCAGUACGAAGCUACCUUCUUCCGCUCGCUAUGCGACUCAGUCAACCUGGGUCUGCGCGAAGGCAGCACCUUCAAGCCCCAGGCUUGGGACCGUGCUAUCCAAGCCCUUAUCGACAAACACAAUGCCUAUGCCAACAAGAGUCAUCUCAUCAACAAGAGUGACAAUGCUCGCAAGAAGUACCGCCUGUGGAUUGGCUUGAGGGAGGAUAACUCUUUCUACUACAAUCCACAAACCAGGACAGUGACUGGCACUGAAGAGGCUUGGGCUAGGCAUCUCCAGAAAGAACCAUUAGCUCGCUCGCUCAAAGGUCGACCUUUCGAACACGAAGAAUAUUACGAGAUCCUCUUCCCUGACGUGCCUGGAUCUGGCGGCGCCCCUAAACGUCUUACCAAACCUCGCAGGAAAGGACCGGACAGCCUCAAUAGCACCGAUGAACCAGACGCACCCGGCACAUCUAUCAUGGACAUGCUCACCGACACGAGCUACCUCAAUCCUGUACAGACGCAUAUUGCGCCGCCUCUUCCCCAGCAGCCUAGUAUUGUCGCGCCUUCUAUGCCGACCCCUCUCCCGGCGCCUUCACAACAGCUUUCACGGCCCCCAGCGGCAAUGGCCCCGCCGCCUCAGCCUCGCGCCUCCCUUCCAUCCACAACCUCUGCACUGACACCGCCAGAAGAGAACCCACAGCAACCAAGGAAGCGCAUGCACGCCGGCGACAACGCCGCGACCACGAAUCAAUCCAUCCAAUCUGACAAGCGUCGGCGCACUGCUCCUCCGAACUACAUCGAUCUUCAGCAACAGCAGACUCAUGUAGCGACCGCAAACAAUGUUAACCACGCCCUGCAUCCUGCUCUCAGCAAUCAUGCGACUCAAAGCAGCGGGGGCAGCACUAGCAACAGCACUGGCAUUGCUGUCGCAUCAUCUCACACAGUCGGCACCCACCCGUCGCUCCCAACCGCCCCUCCCGUCGCCAGUGACAUCACAGUUCUAGCCGAGGCUCUCCGUGGGGCCAAGGCUCGCCCUACUUGGCAGGAACAGGCUAUGGAGAUCUUGUUUGGGGAUUUCCGCGAGGAGGACCCCGACUUGCAGAUCAAAAUCGCCGAAAAGCUGCUGACGGACGAGAACAAAGCGAUGUUUUUCUGCAAGAUGCCAGAGCCAUUGCGGAAGCACUGGGUUAAGCGCCUUAGAGAGGUGCAUAAUAAUCGUGUUUCUUAAUAGAUAGUUAGGUAUUAUCUUGCUAUUGCUGGUGCCGCAGCUGGGUAGGCCUUGAUACGAGAGAAGAUGUUAGCGAUCCGACGAAAUAAGACUCGAGAUAAAAGGCAGAGUAGUAGGUCGACAGUCCUAUGCUUCUUUACACGAGCUUACAUAUGUUAUGGACUAACUGGUCCCUCUCCUGUAUGCCUUCUCUUCUUUUUCCAUAUUUACAUGGAGAUGUCAUAGUUUUCCAUGUUAAAGGUUAGGGUUCUACCCGUCUAGUUAAACCAGUGUGCUCUGAGCCGGGCAGAGUCAGUGCUAUAGCCUCGG